AGAGCUUCGGCCGCGGUCGCUGCGGCGGGCUGAUAGCGCGCGCGGCGCUGGCGUCGUCGUCACUACCGGUGUCUAUAGCGGCGACCGGUUCGGUUGCGGUGGUGGCGGUGACAGCGCUCGGACCUUGCGCGCCCAUCUCUUGGAGCAUCUGCGGGAUCCAUCUAGCGUGGAACAGCAGCAGCAGCAGCACCAGCCCUACCAAGCACCCUAGAUGUGGAGAUGAGCCAUGGGCAGGCGAGUGGUGCCGACUACGACUACCUCAUCAAGUUCCUGGCGCUGGGUGACUCCGGCGUGGGCAAGACCAGCUUCCUCUACCAGUACACAAACUCGACGUUCAACAGCAAGUUCAUCUCCACCGUGGGCAUCGACUUCCGAGAGAAGAGAAUCACGUACCGUUCGCCCGAGGGGGGCGGCCGCAGCCAGCGCAUCUACCUACAACUGUGGGACACGGCUGGCCAGGAGAAGUUCCGCAGCCUGACCACGGCCUUCUUUCGGGAUGCCAUGGGCUUCCUCGUGCUCUUCGACCUCACUAGCGAACAGUCCUUUCUCAGCAUCCGUUCGUGGCUCGAGCAGCUGCGCACGCACGCGUACUGCGAGAACCCGGACGUGGUGCUGUGCGGAAACAAGGCGGACUUGGAAGAAGGGCGCGCCGUGACCGAGGAGCGAGCGAGGGCCGAGGCCGCCAAGCACGGCUUCCCGUACUUCGAGACGAGCGCCGCCACGGGACACAACGUGGGGCGCGCCGUGGACGCGCUGCUGGAGCUGGUGAUGCGACGCAUCCAGCAGACCGUGGACCGCGGUGGCCAGGCGCUGCCGCACCACGCGGGUCCGCGCUCUCCGCUCAGCGACGGAGACCCGCUGCGCAGGGCCCCCGGAGAGGACCCGCUGCCGCCCACCCACAACGGCUGCACCUGCUAGUGUUAGGCUGCACGGGACGAUGCCCAGAGACAAGAGGCCAUCCCCUCCUCCUGCCGCCAUGCCCCAAAACCCUUCUGGCGUCCAGCAGCCUCGGGACCACCCGAACCCCACCAGGAGGAGGCACCUUCCUCACCCCACCCCUGCAGCGCAUCUCUCUCUAGCUCGUGCAUUUUAUGUCCGGCGAAAUCCCGACAGACUGUCUCAGUUCGCCCGUGUGGUUGGCUGUGUGCCGCGCAGCGUUAUGGUUUACACUGACCACUUGCGGUCGGUCUUUCUGGACCAAGCUCUAGCGAUGUUUUUAUUUGUUACGAGAAAGCCGUGGUCUUCUAGUCUCCCUUUAUUUUUAAACAUUAAUUUUUUUUCCUAGUCGCCCUUCUUUGCCGAUCGUUUAUACCUGCUCUGUGACACUUUUUCUUUCUUUUCUUUUUUCCUUAAGCUGGUCGGAAUAACUGCACUAGAGGCGUCUGACAUUAGGGCUGGCGUCCUCUCAAAUUUGUUUUCGACAGCGAUCUAAACACAUUCGCGCGCCUUCGCAAAAGCAAAACAAGAUGCUGCGCUGGUUAUUUCCACCCCGUGAAAUCGCGACGCGAGGUGCUUAGAUAAGAGAAUACGGUAUUGUUUUUUGACUGCCUCGCAGUCAAAAGCUCUGACACCGACAGCCCCCUAAAUGUGAUGCGUCACUCCCUGCAGUUAUCCGUGUCGCUUGUGGUCGGCUGUUGAUCCAUGCACGUGUUUCGUAUAUGUAUUGUUUGUUGGUAAGCAUGCACGCUACCUGGAUAUGUUUCUGCAGUUCUUUAUGUUAAGGGGUCAUUCAUAAUGUCAUUGCCCGCUGGUUUGCCGGAGACGACGCAGGGUUUGCAGAUUUGUAAUGCCUUGCUGAACGCGCUAAUUAAAAACUAUAUGAAAGACGCGUUUGGUGCCGCCAUCUUGGGCUUGCACCUGUAACAGCUACAUGAACGAUAGCGCAGUAGACCCAUACGCACUAAAACGGCUAUACAAAUGCAGUCGGCAUUUCGUGACCUCGUUAAUUUGACGUCACGACCUGAAAAAUUGAGAAAUCAUUCCUGUGAAAGCCGAAGAUGGCGGUGCCCGCGAAUAAGAAAAAAUAACGAAAUUCGCUAUACAGGUGCGAGGAACACGAGCGUAAGUGCACAUGAAUGUUAACCGCGUUACGAAACAAAUGAUCUGUAAUUGAAACAUUCGGCGCGUCAUGGGUAUGGUGCUUGGACGGAUUUGCCAACUGCAGAUGAUAAAAACUGCAACAAUGUGUUGCAGCAGCGUCUGAAUUCCGACCUCCAAAGCGCCACCCGUUUUGGACUUUAAUUACCCGCCCUUUUUAAACCGUCUUAACAGUUGUUCCGACUGACCACCGUUCACCAAUCGCGACGUCUCCCGAAGCCUACAAGGCGGCAUUUGCUCGAAGAGGCCGGACACAUUAACUUUCGGAACGCAAUUACGGUUGGAAUGCGCUUUCUCUACUACACAUGAAUCAUAAGUGUGUCGAUACUUGUUCCGGAAGGCUAUUCUUUCAAAAAGGUUCGCUUUCAGCGACCUGUAUCGUCAUGUAAUGUUCGAAUGCACACGUUAUUAAUGCACUUGAUCCUUUAUUUUUUAUUUCUUUAUUUGCCGUCGUACCUGCCGCCAACAGGAUUUGGAAAGGGCGCUGAUCCGUUGCACGAUCGUUCAAAGUCACAGCUUAGGAUCUGUUUCAGAUUCUGUAUUCGCUUUAAAACAGAUAAGUCAACAGAGCAUAAAAGGAUCUGAUGAAGGACAAAUAGCAGGUGAUAUAUACGACAUACGCACAGUGCCAACGCCGGUGGUUAUACAUAAACAGUGACGCAGUAACACGCCACCGACACACAUUCAGAAGGACGCCUCAACAUAUGACCGUGCAAAGGAUAGGUGAUAUUGUUUAUAUGAUUAUUAUUAGCCCGCACAAAUACUGAUAAUCCACCGUGCUAAACAAGAUAAAGGAAAAAGGGCCAAUUCUAGUCACUUUAGCCAGCUGCUGAGAUAUUUUGUUAAGCGAUUAUACCUCAAGCCCCGAAGAGUGGCAAGUUUUAUAAGUGAAUCUAUUAUAUACAGUGUUACAGCCGCGAUCGUGGCAUAAAGUGCUGUGAGACCAAAAUGUGGUUACAGUUAGGAUCGCAGUUAUUACCGUUAGUUCACAGGUUCAAUGGUGAGUCGUACGAUUAUUAUUAUUAUUAUUAUUAUUACCGCCUCGCAUUCAUCAUGUGGCAGUUUCGGUUGAGUUUGAAACAAUAUCGUUCUACAGACGACAUGGUUAUAGAGGAAAUACCAACAGGCAAUUGCCUUGAGCUAUCGCGAGCAAAUGGAAAAUAAUUUUCUUGCGAAAGAACACUGUUCCUAAUCAUUAAAUCGAAACACUUCCUAUAUGCUUGUGAAUCGCCUAGUCCUAUAACUGUGUUCCACGCCUUGCACCUCUGUGCCUACUCACCUAGCAUUUGUUUUUGUGAUUCCUGUUUGCCGCACUCGUCUCCAAAAAGAAAAAAAAAAAACCUUGCGUUGAAAAACGCGUACUUGCGCCUCGGCCGGGCAUAUUGCUGCUUAUGUCAUCAUACCAAUGAAGUCUUGGACGUCUGUCGCAUUUCGAUGAGGGCUAAAUGCAAGAAAACACCCCUGUACUUGUAAAUUUAGGUGCACGUUAAGGAAUCCCGGGUGGUCAAAAUUAAACAGGAGUACUCCACGACGGCGUGCGUCGUAAUCAUAUCGCUGGUUUUCGCGCACGAAACCCCAGAAGUCUUCGUUUUGAAGUCUUCUAAUAACACUGGAGAGUACAUAAGCUCGGCUUUGUAUGGAUAGCCUUCACGUGACGUCAUGAAUUCAGCUUCUUAACGUACAGGUACUACAGCAUGGUGGCUACAGUGAUGGUUAACGCAGUACGUUCACUGCUGCGGACAACCUUAUUCGAUGUCAUAAAGACGCGUCAGGAACCUUAUUGGCCUCUUUGUCAGAAUGACAGAACCGCUAGCGAUGGUCUGAUAACGCUCACGUGACGUAGCGAGCAUAGCUUCCCGCCGUGCUGGUACUACAACAUGGCGGAUUCAGUUACAUACGUGCGAGGUAUCUUAACACGAAAAUCUCCAAGAUAAAGGAAACGAGUAAUGUAUAGAGCGCAUGACUACGCUAUCUCCUAACCCUGUCCGUGAGAUGAACACUGGCGCUUUGCAUUUCGUGUUAUAUAUUUGUCAUUAAAUCAACGAAUGCAAUGUAUUGGUACUACGGUAACAACCGAGAGGUGUUAAAUUACCUAUCACAUACCAGACGACCUUCGAAUCUAGGAUAUGCGAGUUCAGUGUCAUUUAGGUCGCCCUCACUGCACUGCUCGUGAACGUGAAUGCGCAAAUUCUUCUAUUCAGACUUCGGUGAAUCGGAACACUGAUACGCACGCGCUAUUUGCGACACGCCCAUCGGAGUAUAAACGAUGCCUCCGAGUCCCGCUGUGACCAGCAAUCGAGGCUUGAUAAAAGACCGAGCUUAGCGCACGUGACUGCAAUAUGCCCCGCCGUGCCGUACUGCAGCACGUGUAUUCACGGACACCGACACCGCUGUUUCUAUAUAUAUAUAUAUAUAUAUAUAUAUAUAUAUAUAUAUAUAUAUAUAUAUAUAUAUAUAUAUAUAUAUAUAUAUAUAUAUAUAUAUACAGUUUCUCUUUACAAUCCUCACUGCGCUCGCUCGCAUCCACAGCUCUACAUCUUUCCCGAGUUAAGAAAAAAAAAAGCAGCAACCCGUGCCUCAAGUCGUUCCGACAGUGUGACGCCUGUACGUGCAGCCGGUGGUGUGACGUCAUGCGCAUGUAAACGCGGUCUCCUAUGUCUGCCCGCGUGAUUAAACAAAAAGAGAGAAAAAAGUUGAACUGCGCAGAUCGUCGUCAUCGUUGGUGUGUUUGUGUGUGUACAUGACCGAAGUGCACGGAAAGUCGCGUGACGUUCGUGCGCGCGCCUGUCGCUGAACCAAUCACAGCUUCCUUUCCUUCGGCGCUGCGGACGCCAAGCAACUCGAACCGCUCGCUAAAUGACGCCACAGUUAUAACCGUGUGACGUGCCCGAAGAGGCUGUAAGCGACACGUCGAAGAAGACUUUCUGUUAUACUUGUUGAGUGUGAAAUAAAAUUGAAUUGCAAAAA